ACCACACAAACUGCCACUGCAGAGACCACACACACAGCACAUUCAAGGGCGCAGCAGACUCCUGAGGACCAGCCCGAGUGUGCAGCCUCGUCCACGUCAAAGAGACGUCCUAUCUUGUACUUCAAGCGCCAAGUCCGCCAGUCUGCAUCUUUGAGCGGCACUCGACGCGCUCCAUCCCUUUUCAUUAGCCAUGGGCGCGAAUCUGUCUAGAGCCAUGGGCAAGCUCUUUGGAAACAAGGAGAUGCGCAUCCUUAUGCUCGGCUUGGAUGCAGCGGGCAAGACAACGAUUCUGUACAAGCUCAAGCUCAAUCAGAGCGUCACCACCAUUCCUACUGUCGGGUUCAAUGUCGAGACGGUGACUCACAAGAAUGUCAAGUUCAAUGUCUGGGAUGUCGGGGGCCAGGAUAAGAUCCGGCCCCUGUGGCGCCAUUACUAUACAGGCACGCAGGCGCUCGUAUUUGUCAUUGACUCUGCCGACCGGGAUCGCAUUGACGAGGCACGCCAGGAGCUGCAUCGUAUCAUCUGCGACCGCGAGAUGCGGGAAGCGCUGCUACUCGUCUUCGCCAAUAAGCAAGAUCUACCAGGCUGCAUGCCCCCAGCUGAAGUGACAGAGUGUCUGCAACUCAACAAGAUGAAGGACCGACAGUGGCUCGUCAAGCCAAGUUGUGCCGCGACUGGUGAAGGUCUAUUUGAAGGACUCGCUUGGCUCUCUACGAAUGCAAAAGUUCCCAUCAAAGGAGGACACUGAGAUGUGGUCGUCUGGCACGAUCCGUCCCAUCUUACGCAGUCGCCUUUUUGCAUGGCAUCUUCUCGCCUGAUGCUCGAGAGCGCCUCCGACGAAACAACUCCUUGUUCAAUUCUUCCCUCUUCUGUCUUUUAAAGGUUGUCCUUUUCUCACAGCCCCAGCCUCAGAGCUGAUCAGUAGGCCAUACUCCACUAAUACUGUUUUUGUGCCUU